CCGAUAUCGCCCGUCCGCUAGCCGCUAAGCUAUUAGCUGGUUGUUUUAGUCACGCAUAACUUUGGCAUUGUAGAUAGUUAAUAACGGUCUUACAAAGGUUGUAUUAGUGACAAUGGAGGACGACAGCUACCCCAAAACCCUGUAUGUUGGUAACCUCUCUAAAGAUGUGACAGAAGUUUUGAUUCUGGAGCUAUUUUCCCAGAUAGGUACUUGUAAAAGUUGCAAAAUGAUCACUGAGCAUACGAGCAAUGACCCAUAUUGCUUUGUGGAGUUUUUCGAGCACAGAAAUGCUGCUGCAGCCCUAGCAGCCAUGAAUGGAAGGAAGAUAUUGGGAAAGGAGGUUAAAGUGAAUUGGGCCACCACUCCAAGUACCCAAAAGAAAGACACGUCCAAUCACUUUCAUGUUUUUGUGGGUGAUUUGAGCCCUGAGAUUACAACAGAUGAUGUCAAAGCUGCUUUUACACCUUUCGGGAAAAUCUCUGAUGCGCGUGUUGUGAAGGACAUGACGACAGGCAAAUCAAAGGGGUAUGGAUUUGUGUCCUUCUACAACAAACUGGAUGCAGAAAACGCCAUCGGUCAAAUGGGAGGGCAGUGGCUCGGAGGGCGCCAGAUCAGAACCAACUGGGCAACGCGCAAGCCACCAGCCCCCAAGAGCAUCCCAGACAACGGGUCGAAGCAGCUGAGGUUCGAGGAUGUUAUGAGCCAGUCCAGCCCACAGAACUGCACUGUGUACUGUGGAGGCAUCCAGUCAGGGCUCACAGAGCACCUCAUGCGACAGACCUUCUCACCAUUCGGGCAAAUCAUGGAGAUCAGAGUCUUUCCUGAGAAAGGAUAUUCUUUCAUUAGGUUCUCCUCUCAUGAGAGCGCCGCCCAUGCCAUUGUCUCGGUGAACUGCACUACCAUCGAGGGACAUCUCGUGAAAUGCUACUGGGGCAAGGAGUCCCCCGAUAUGGCCAAAAGUCCACAACAGGUGGAGUUUGGCCAGUGGGGGCAGUGGAACCAGCUGUAUGGAAGCCCACAGCAGCCCCAGCAGCAACAGCAGCAGCAACAUCAACAGCAUCAUCAACAGCAUCAUCAACAGCAGCAGCAGCAGCAGCAGCAGCAGCAGCAGCAGCAGCAGCAGCAGCAGUAUGGACAGUACACAUCCAACGGAUGGCCGGUCCCCUCCUACGGCAUGUACGGCCAGACGUGGAACCAGCAAGGCUUCGGAGUGGAGCAGGCCCUGUCCCCGGCCUGGGUGGGAGGUUUCGGCUCGGCCCCGUCCCAGGGCCAGCCGGGCCCAGCGGACCUGGCCAACCUGGCCAACUUCAGCAUGGCGGGCUACCAGACGCAGUGAGCUCCCCCCCCCCCCCCCCCCCCACCACCACACCGUCCACGCUCUGAGGGGAACCUCCUGACACUGGUGCUAUAGGGACGACGUUUAGGGAGCCCUAGUCUCAAAGGCUUUAGAGUAAUGUUUGUUGUUACCGUAAAACAGCAGAUCAGGAGUUAAUUUGCUUUAUAAUAAGAAUCCACCCGAACACACACGCAUACAUGGUAUCGCUGUACAAAACGACAACACAAGAAGCCACCUCCCGGUUAUUUAAGGUGUACAUUGCGUAAUCAUUUUCUCCAUGCUUUUUAAGAUUAUCUCUUGGUUACAUUUUGGUUAAAAAUUCUUCAAUGCCUCUAAACCAACAAGAUACAUUUGGGCUUUGACAAUCGCUUAGCGGGGAUUUCAGAUAAGGAUUAAUUACACUUUAAAACACCCGUAGUUUCAGGUCAUUUAUAUAUAAAUAUAUAUUGUGUAAUAAUUAAGUGUUCGAAUAUUCAACGCUUUUUUUUUUACCCGAUAUGAUAUGAAGGCUUAAAUGUGGAAACACCUUUUAAUGUUGGCACUUGGUCCAGGGACAGACAACCAGAUGAUCUGUGUUCAGUCAAAGAGGAGCCAUAAAAGAAGAAAGGAAAUUCAACAACGCAGGUUUAAACACAAUAUACCUACCUGCAUGUUCAAAUUCCAAAAUUUGUUUAUUCAAUUUUAGAUUUUGCCUCUAUCUCAUAGGUCAUGGCCAGAAUAUGUGAGGUGUAUGCAUACUAUGUAAAUAGCUUAAACUCCCAUCUGUUUUUCUCCCAAACCAAAAACCUUUUGUACAGAUAAUGAUUUGAACUCUUUCUGGGAUUUGUCUCCCGUGUUUGUCCUUGGAUCUAAAAUGGUAGUUUAUUCCUGUGACAUUGAUUCCCUUCACAGAAAAUUGUAAAGGCUCCCUUUUUAAAUCUGUUUUUUUUAUACACACAGAAUAACUAAUUUCGAACAAUAAUCUGUAAACUAGCCAUUGUGAUUGAGGUCAUGAUUUAUCCCCUUUAUCAAUAUAAAGGAAAAAACGAUGCUUCAUAUCAAUUUGCUUGGUGUUUUACAUGAUUAUAAAAUGGUUCACGAAGGUAACUCUCCAGGACUAAAUCCAUAUUUUCUUUAAUUUAUUUUUUGAAUCAAUUUCUUCAAUGAUUCGACCUUAUGUCAUCCUUCAUUCAAAUUGAAUUCACAUUCAACCAUUGUUUAGCUGUUCAAACUUCCAGAAGCAUUUUAGACUGAAGCAUUUAUAAUAGCAGUUGGGAAUGCUAUAAUAAUUUGUUAUUUGUGUCCUAUCAUUUGAAUCUGUGUGCCAUUAUGUACAGUCUUAUAAAAGUAGCUCCUUUUGUGUUAAAAAGCAACAACUGAACAUGGUCAUGUGGAUUUGUAAAUAUAAACCCUUUAAAAAAGUGGACGAUUAUGUACAUAAUGUAGGUAAUCUAAUUUCCAUUCAUAGAAUUUAGCAAUAUAAUUUAUGGAUACGCCAUAAUUGCCAAUGUGUGAAAAUUGUAAUAAUUAGGUUCAUUGCAAUUUCAGGUGAAUUUCAAAUCGAAAGUUUCCCCAUUGUAGUUAUUUGUGCCAUUUUUAGAGAGUACAACGAAAUGGACAAUGUUUAUGUUGGAAUUGCAUGUUUGACAUGUAAUAUAUCUGAUGCUUAAAAAAUUGAAUGUAAUAGCAAGUUUAUUUGUGACAGUUGAAAUUCAAAUGCUGAAUUGGAUCGCACUACUGGAUAACUUGUAACAUUUCAUUCAAACAGAAGACACAAAUAACCCAUCCAAAAUAAAGGAACUUUUGAAACAUGUUAUUCAUGAACAUUUAUUCUAUUUAAUGCUUCACAUAUGAAUGUAAAAUACCACCAUCAAUCUAUUAAUUCACUUUAGAAUGUGUCUGUUCUCUUAUUGGGAAAAUAACACAUUUAUAUACAAUACAUAUACAGUCGAAAGAUUUUCGUGUAAUAAUUCAUACAAAUGUGCAAUUUUUAGAGGGUAAACAUUCAAGCUAUUGUAUUAUGAAUAUUGUGCUGAUUUGCCUCAGGCAAAAAAUAUACGUACCUGUAUGUUCAAAUUCAAGUAGUACAAAAUCGUAUGAAUUUAGAUUUUGGACAAAGUUUUCAAGUUAAUGCAAGACUAUCUCAUUACAAAUAGACAUUGCAUAAAUAGUCUAGUAUUUUGGCUAACUUAUCCACAUCCAAAUAUAAACAGUUAACCAUGCACUACAUACACAGAAUAAUAAACACAAUCGUAAGCAUUUAUAAAUCUUGUACAUUGAUUCAUGUGUUUUUAGCAAGUAUGUAUAAUAUACUCAGAGAUAGCUGUGCCACAGUGAAUUGACAAAGGCGAAUGUAGCAUUAACAUUGAUUACAUUAAUUUGUAAGAUAUCAAUUUGAGCUAAAGCUUCCCUAGCAUACAGUUAUUUAAUCUUUGUACUAGUGUGGAAAUAGCAAGAUAAUAAUCAAACAUAUUGAAUAUUGUAAAGACAGCAAAAGCAAUCCAAGCUAACCACAUAAUAAUAUUGUUUUAAAUCUACCUCACUGCAUUAAUAUAUAACCUAUAACCUAAAAUGCCUACAUGCACAUAAUGCUUGCUUGUAAUUUGUGGAAGGCUAUUUAAGUAUUUUAUAGAAGAAUAUUGAUUUAUGCUAUUGAAUAUGGUUCUUAAAAUAAUGCACUCGAUUUCCUUUUAGUAUUGAUUGGACUACUGUUCAAUUGUGUUCCUGCUCC